AUGAGCCAGAAAACUGAACAAGACGAUAUUCCAUUAGCCGACGAUGAUGAUACGGUGACAAUAAUCAGUGGCGGAAAAACUCCAAGAGCCGCACAACCGUUGCCCAAAGAAGAACCGCCAGAGGAUCCAGAAGAAAAGGCUAGAUUGAUAACGCAAGUUCUUGAACUGCAGAACACUCUAGAUGAUCUCUCCCAACGUGUCGAAUCAGUGAAAGAAGAAAGUUUGAAACUGAGAUCGGAAAAUCAAGUUUUAGGACAGUACAUUCAAAACUUGAUGGCGUCUUCAUCAGUCUUUCAGUCUUCGCAGCCACCCCGGCCUAAGCAAGCCGAUUCAGUUCACGAUGAUGAGUUUGGAGAGUACGAAUAUUAA